AUGUAAGAACAAAAUAUUGAUUAACAGGUGGCUGAAAGUAUUUAAUAAAUAAUCACCAUCAGACAAGAAUUAGCAUAAAUUAAUAUGAUAGAUCCCAGUUUGAAUUCACCUAGAUAGCAGGAAGUAGAAAAAGUUGAUCCUGUAUUGACAUCAGGAGGAUUCAGAUUUAAAACACACCAGAAUUUGGGAGAGAAAUAGAUCAAAAGGAGACAGCUCUCGUCACAGGAGGAUGAUCUCAGGGCUUUCUCUGAAUUUAAUGAAGAAGAUGAGGUGAAACAUUCCUCUUCAGAUGAGGAUGAUAAACGUCCUGAACAGAGAUCCCAUAAAUAGCCAUGGUAUUAUAAAUCAGCAGUGCCAAUCAUAAGUAGUAAGAAUUCAGAGAAGAAUUGGGAAAAUUAUAGUGGCAGAAAGAAACAUUAGAAAAAUAAGUAUUCUUUUGCAUCCGAAUCCUCAGAUUAGAGUUUCAAUAGAAUGGGUGUAAUGACUUUGAAAGAAGAAUUUCAAAGCAUUUAUGAAUAAUAGCAAGUAGAUGAGGAUAUUAAAGAAAAGGAUACUGAGUUGAAUGAUAGCGAUGAAAUACCUUCACUAGUUUAAUAAUAGUCAAUAAUCUAAGAUUCUACUAUCAUCAUAAACAGGAAAUCAUAAUAAUUAAGUAAAUCAAAAGUUUAAUUUGAAACAACAGAAGAAUCUGUAAAAGCUGACCCUUACAAAAAUCUAAAGAUAGCAGGGGUAUUACUGGCUACUUGUGGAAUAGCUGGAUGGCUAUACAAGAAGUAUUUUUGA